CGCACGCCUAUUGGCUGCAGCGAGUGUGGGAAAGAAUGCAGAGAAGGUUUCACACGAACUCGCAGCUCGCAAGCCAGCUAUAAAUACCACCGGCGUGUGGCUACAUGAGUUCAGACUUGCUAGACGUGGUAUAGCCUUACGCACACUCGUGUACACAUGACAGAUCAGAGCGCAUAGCGAUUUAGCUGAUCAAACCGACCUCUAUCUUCUGCUGUCGUCAUUGGGUCGCAGCCUAACAUUCUCCUCGUUUUCAAUGUUCUAAAGCAUAGGGAAUAUCCGACCUCGCAACCGUUUUUUUUCCACGACACCCCCAAAAGGAUAUUACUUUUUACCUGUAUUAUUUUUGGAAAUAAUAUAGUAACGAUGCCAGCAGACACCAUGGAGAAACCUACGGCAUCCCCAAUAGCAGGUGCCCCUGCUUGUGGAACUCACACUCCAGACAAACCAAAAAAUGCCAGUGAGCACAGAAAGUCUUCCAAACCCAUCAUGGAAAAACGUCGGCGAGCGAGGAUCAACGAAAGUCUUGGGCAACUCAAAACGCUUAUCCUAGACGCACUUAAAAAAGACAGUUCCAGACACUCGAAAUUGGAGAAAGCUGAUAUUUUGGAGAUGACAGUGAAACACCUGCGGAAUCUCCAGCGCGUGCAGAUGACUGCGCUGACAGCUGACACUGCGGUGCUCAGUAAAUACCGCGCAGGAUACAACGAGUGCAUGAAUGAGGUGACCCGGUUCUUGUCCAGUUGUGAAGGGGUGAACACGGAGGUCAGGACCCGCCUUCUUACGCACCUGUCGGGCUGCUUGGGGCAGAUGAUCGCCAUGAACUACCCACAGCCGACCCCUGCGCAACAGGCUCAGCUCGCGCAGCCGCUGCACGUCCAGUUACCUUCGACCUUGCCCAUUAAUGGCGUCUCCAUGCCUUGCAAACUGAGUCCCGCCGAGGCGGUCUCGCCGAAGGUCUACGGGGGAUUCCAGCUGGUGCCCGCCACAGACGGACAGUUCGCCUUCCUCAUCCCCAACCCGGCCUUCGCUUCUGCUACUACCCCCGUCAUCCCCCUCUACGCAAACGCGAGUGUGCCAGUCACCGUCAACGCCAGCCCUGUCCAUGCCAGCUCUGCGCCCGCAAUGACCUCUCCAGUCCAGGGCAUGACUUCGUUUCCCGGCGUUUCCCAGGCCGUCAGCCCGAUGAGUGUCAGUGCUGGCUCAGAGAGCAGCGAGUCUGUCUGGCGACCUUGGUAGACUAACCGGGGAGAAAUUACAGACUUAACAAAACGACACUUAACUUUUUCAUUAAAAUGGAAAAUCAACUAAAACGUUCCGUUUAAAGGAACAGCGUUUCUCUUCUGAUGGACUAGACCUAUGUUUGAAGUUUUUGUUUUAAUUUAUUGGCUAAUUCCAAAAUUUGGGAUCUUAGUGAUAAAUAUGGUAUUCAUUGUUUUUGGAAAAUUAAAAAUGUUUAUACUGAAGUUCUUUUUUUUCUGAGAAGAUUUUGUUCUUUUUUUAUAUAAACUUGUCAAUGAUUGUUCCAUGCCAAAGCUGUUUUACAUUGUUAGUUUUACAUGAAGUCUCCCAAGUGGGGAGUUUGGAAUAAAGAAAUCAAAGAUAUGAAA